CCAAAAAUUGGCCGAGAUUUGCAUAAAAAAACUCGCAUUAUCGUGCGGCGAGUUUAGGCGAGAGAGCAUCUCAGAGUAGGCCUUUUAAUUUAAAAGUAUAAUUAUAUUGUAAUACAGUACAAGAGCAAAUACGCACUAGUUUAACUUCUUUACUUUUAUUAAAGAACAUCAACCUACUAUGGUCUUAGAAUAAAUGAAUGCAAAAUUAAUGCACCAACACUGAACUUGUUAAAUAUAUGUUGGAGUACAAUUGCUAGAGUGAAUAAUUGUAUAAUUUUAUUUUUAUUUUUUUACCAGAUACCUUGACAAUAAUGAAUUGAUCGACAUUGGAAACUCUGUGUUUGAUAAUCUUUCUGUGCUUAAAACUUUGUAAGGAAACGUUGACGUUUUUAGAAAGAAAAUAUGUAUUUUUAUUUUGAAGAUUUCGCUCAUUUAUCCCUGCCUCGUACCCAGGCGCUGUGUAUUGUUCUACGGCUUGCGUGGGCCGCGUGAUCGCGCGUGUACAAACCAAAGCGCCUGGAUACGAUGCAGCAUUUAUCCAGUGUUAGAAAAUAGCAGGAAACUUAAACUAAACUAACUGUAUACUGCAUAGCUUUAUCAGUUUUGAAGGUCCAAUGAGGGCCAUCUCUACUGUUACUAAACGAAGUAAUCUAAUCUAAUUAGCUUUAUUUGCUUAGUUAUAGCUUUCGUACAUGUAGCUUAGCUUUAUGAGUUCCAAACUGAUUUUUCUAAAGUUGUUUGUCCAGUGAAACUUUUAGAGGAAACCAAAGUACAGUAUUAAAAACCUGGGGUGUUAGUUAAUGCUGUUUUGCCAGCUGGCCUGUUCAUAAGAGCCCAUGCAGCAGUCACCGUGACUCUCACCUGCGAUCCGUACCCCAGAGGUCAUCCUAUUAAACAUUUAGAACUGCAAAAACAGGCUAACUGGCGGAAGUAACGAAAGACGAGGUGAUGACGUAUUGGAUAUCUUAAUAGCUAGGAGGGUCCCAUGCUCCCCGGAAAGUUUUGAAUUUUUGAAGACCAGAAUGGCCAUUUCCUGCGUUUUAAGGUGACAUUUGUUUUGGUUUGUUUUGCCUUUGCAUCUGUAUGGGUGCUUAAUUUAUAACUAAUUUUCAUAUAAAGCUAGAAAACUCAAAUUUAGAACUGUCCAUUUUAUAUUUAGAACUACCUUUUUGGAAAAUGGGAGGCCCUAGAAUGAACCCGGCCAUAUGCCCUUAUAUAUUGAUGUUGUUCACAUGGCUAGGUGCGAUUUCAUCUUGCGCUAGGUGACAUCUUAGUCAAGUGGAAUAAAAUUAUCCACGUGAACGCUUAAUCAUCCUAACUGAUCGCGAUGGACAUUUUCUUGCCGAUUCUGACCAGAUUCUGACCUAUAUUAAUUAGACUGAGCGGCGUAGCUGGAAUCACAACAAAAGAUAUUUCGAAGGCACCAUAUUUCGUCAUUUCGUUCCACCGAGGCGGAAUAUUAGAUGGAAUAAAAACAGUCAAUUAAAAAACAUGUAAAAAUAAGUCACCCGCUCAGGUGAGCUUCCCACCCAUCAGGGCUCAUAUGGAUGGGCCUGCAUUGUGAUUCAUAUUCUAGAGCGGCUCCUAAUCGAGGUUUUUCUCCAUUGUACUUUUUUUAGAAUAUUGAAAAACAACAAACUAGGGGACGUUAGGGCAUCUUGGUUGAAGGAUAAAAAGAAUCUGAAAAUCUUGUAAGUGAUUUAUAUGUAUUAUAGAUCAUUGUGCAGUUUUCUAAUUAAUGUUAUUUAUCUAUGGAUAUUUUAUUCACGUCUGUUUCAGAGAUGUAGGAGAUAACAAUAUUAGAGAAAUUGAGCCUGGGGCAUUUCGUGAUCUGGAAAAUUUGGUUCAGUUGUAAGUAUCAAUAAAAUAAAUUUCAUAAAAAUAUUUAUAUUUAUUAUAUUACAAUGGCCAGAUUUUACCAAAUAAGCUCAUGAGAAAACGAAAAAUCUGAGAACGGAUUGCACGGUAAAACGCCGUAUAUUUGUGUUACCUUCGUCUAAACCGGUUUUUCCUGGUUAUGACGAAGCAAAAAAUCCGACUUUUUAAAGUGAAAAACACACUAUGGAAAACACUAGGUCAAAGCCGUCUCGAAUACAAUGUUACGAACACUUACAGCAACAACAUAUAGCACUAUAAAACGACAAGAGUAAAACAAAAAAACUUGCUUUAAUCAACUUACUUUGAUUUCAUUGCUUCUGUAGGACAGCAUAGUACUUGCAAAAAAUAUUGUUUUUGAAAUUAUUUAAUUAAAGAAAACAAUGCAAAAAUAGAUUGACUGACUGCGCAAUGAAAUAAUUGUGGGGGACUGAAACUGAAGUCGAAACCGCACGGUGAUGGUAUAUAAGGAGAUUGAAACUGAGGAAGAAGAUAGCGUGGAGGGUUGUCGCGUUGAUAACGCGCGAGGCAUUUUUGUUUUUAUUGCAUCUGAAAUGAUUUGCCGCGUAUGUUUGCAGCGCUAAAUGCAUGCAAAUCCUUCAAAAAAGACAAGGAAACCUAUUUUUGAGGUUUCUCAAAUAAUAAAGGUCCUAUCGAAUGGUUUCCAUAUAAUCCCGCCGAGCAGUUUACUCGUUUCUCGCAUUUUUCCUCGUUCUAACAAUACGUUCGAAACUCGUAAAAUAAUCGGCCGGAUUAUAUGUCAAACCAUUCAUAUGAUAAUUAUAUUAAUUUACUAGUCCAAAGUUAAUUAAGAAAAGAUGCUCUGAAUAAUAGAAGAAGCAUGUUGUAAACUCAAGAUAAAUGAAAAGCAUUUAAACCGAAAAUUCAAGUAGGGGCAUUGUAGCUAUGAUCCUUUUCCACUAAUCUUUCAAUCCUUUGUUUUUAGAGAUAUAUCAAACAAUCAACUUCAAAGUAUUCCUGAAAAUUUAUUUCAACAUCUUGUCUCAUUACGUAGCGUGUAAGUUUACUCGAUCGUUUUCUAGGUUGUAAUAUUACUUCAUAAUUUAUCCUAACAAUUUAUUGAUCUAGUGAACUUGUGGUAACAGAGAAGGAAAAUCAGAUUCAUGUUUUCUUUUUUCCAUAGGAAAGUUGAUCACUUCACUCUGUGCUGUUAUGCAAAGCAAAGCAACCCAAGUGUUACGUGUAUUUCCAAAGUUGACAAUGGCUUUUCAAGUUGUGAUGAACUUUUAAAGAACACCGUUCUAAAAUAUUCCAUCUGGAUUCUAGGAAUCAUGGCUUUUGCUGGCAAUCUUAUAGUAAUAAUAUGGCGAUCUAUUGCAAAAGACGCAAACAGAAUCAAUUCAUUUCUUUUGACCAAUCUUGCUGUUGCUGAUUUCCUAAUGGGAGUGUACAUGUUGAUUAUCGCUUAUAAAGAUACUUUAUGGGACGGAGUUUACUUUAAACACGAUGUUGCUUGGCGUGCUAGUGAUCUGUGUAUAUUCGCUGGAGUGAUUUCAACCGUCUCCAGUGAGGUUUCGGUAUUAACUCUAACGGUAAUCACACUUGAUCGUUUGAUCUGUAUUGUCUUCGUUUUUCGAUUCCAGCGCUGGACAAUGAAGAAAGUUUCAGCGAUCAUGUGCGUGGUUUGGAUACUUGGAUUUGGUAUAUCCCUAGCACCACUGUUCUACGACGAUUACUUUCACGACUAUGAAAAUAAUGUGCACUUCUUCGGUCGCUCCGCCGUGUGUCUACCGCUGCAACUAUCGAGCGAUCGACCCUCUGGUUGGCAGUAUUCCGUGUUUGUCUUCCUUGUUUUGAACGCUGUCUCAUUCUUGUUCAUACUCCUGGCAUAUGUGGUCAUGUACCAUACGAUUGUCAAAUCAGCUAGAGCGGUGAGAGUAUUUCUAUUUUGAGUAGCAAUGCAGGCAAGAAGAUGCAUGAUGUUCAAUUCCAAAAUUAUACUGUUGACAAUUAUAAAUUAAAGCAAGCAAAUUAAACUAAUUUUAAAAUUCCUGAGUUCAGAAUUCUAUAGAUAUUUCACCAAAUACUCAGAGAUAUGAAAAACUAGUUUCAUGUUCAUCCUGACACUGCAGAUGACAACGAAAAGUUCGUUGUCCCGAGCGGGAUUCGAUCCCGCAUCUUCGGAUUUCUAGACCUCGGCUCUACUCAUUGAGCAAUCGAGUCAACGGGGAUUGGUAAAAAAUAUUUAAACAUUUUUUUAAAAUGCAUUAAAAGAAUUGACGUUAUUCUCCCACUCUGAGGACUGUUGGUGGACCACCAUCGGCUGUACAGUAUUGCUGCAGUAAUAAAUUUACGUGGUGUUUCCACAAACAAAACUACUAUAUAUUUUAUCGCCAUGCAAACAUACAAAGAAUAUAUCUGUAUUGCCUAUUAAUUCAUCAAUCAAUCAUCAAUUACACUAAUACAGAACAAAUCAUGACUAUAGUGACUUAUUUCAAUACACCUUUUCCUUCUCGGCAAACAGGGAUAAUGCAUGCAAACAGCCCCUAAGAGAAGAUGUCCUUGUUCAGCCAGAUGUCCGAGUUAGAGAGCUGUCCUUAGAUAUUAGAUAUUAGAUGGGUGUCCAUGGUAGAUCAGAGUCCGCAAUAUAGAUGAUAAAAUUACAUUAAAAUAACCAAACAAAAUGAAGUAAAGUAAUCAAGGCAUGUUUUUACUAGAGUAAAUUUAAAUGCAUGUAAUAUUGGAAUUGUAUUCUCCAAAUCAUUAUAUCUUCAGGUGAGAUCCACAAGGAUGAAUCAAGAUUCCACUCUUGCCAAGCGAAUGAUGUUUAUCAUCUUGACUGAUUUUGCCUGUUGGUUUCCCGUCAUCAUUAUCAGUAUCUUGGCACUAACAGGAAAUCUGUAUGAUCCAACAAAGCAGGUUUAUGCAUGGAUAGCUGUAUUUGUAUUGCCUAUUAAUUCAUCAAUCAAUCCCCUUCUGUAUACUUUCUCAACACCGUAUGUCCGUGGAAAGAUUCCAACCGCAAGACAGGUUUUAUCAAGAAUGAGAAAACGAAAUAGAGACGAAGGUAUACUAUUUAUGAAGUUGUUUUUAAAUCUUCUCUCACAUAUUCUCGCGCGUUACUCUAUAAGACUUAACUGAACGAAUGCAAUACCCAAAGAAAUUACAUUGACCGAUGAUUUUAAAUCUUACGAAAUCUUAUAUAAGUUUAUCUCAAACUAUAUUUAAAUAUUCAUAUGCGGUGUAUCAAACAAAGAAAAUCAAAAUUUAACAUUUUCAUUAACAUUACAAAUUUAACAUUUUUUAGCAAUUUCCAAAUUUAACAGUUCAGUAUUGGAUACACAGAUUAAUUUUUUUCAUUACCAUUUUUGUAUCAUUCUGAGCAAAAACGAGUUAUUGAAAUACAUCUUUGCAGUACAUAUAUAAUGUACAGCUAUAAUAUAAAUAGAAUAUAAUUCAGAAAAGGUUCUCCUUUGCAAACCUGAAACUCUAAAGCUUAAACCUUAAACUGUAAGCGUUUCAAGCAUAAUGGGAGCAUUAUUUAAUCAGUUUAGAAAUCAUAUAUGCAUGGGGCCCAUUUCUUACAGACAUGGUAAAUAUCUCCUUACGAGAACAAUUCAUUCACAAAUAGUUACAAUAUUCAAAUAUCAAGCUUGAAACUUGUGCUCCUAUUAUGCUUUGCGCGCUCAGAUUUUAAGGUUUAAGGUUUAGAGUUUAAGGUUUGCAAAAGACAACCUUUUUAGAAUUGGCUGUAUAUAUAAGAAAUCAGAAACCAGUUAAUCACUGAUGUGUCUUGCCAAACAAUAAGCCUGUAACAAAAAUGACAACAUUAUUUAAAUCUCCCUCCACCUCGCCAUUCAAUAUUCAAUUUUUUUGCCUUAUCGGUAGACAAUCGGAAUCUGUAGAAUUAUCUAUAUUUCCGAUUGACUAAAACCGAUUUUGAGGAAAUACGCAGCCACUUUAAAAAUUAUAUUUGAUAAAAUAUAUUUGCUUUUUAACGAAUAGUUAAAUUAAUGCGUGAAGCGUGCCUUAAUUUAUUAACGGUUAUAACGAUCUUUGGUUGCAGGAACAUGUUACGUUAAAUUGUCGUUAAAAAAUCGACUUGAAUUACGUCACCUUUACUCGGGCGACUUAUAUUAUCUAAUAUAAUAUAAUCAGCCAAUGAGGUGUUAUAUAUAUAUUUUAUAUUAUAUUUUAGUUUAUAUAUUUUAUAUAUUUUAUUUUAUAUAUUUUAUUUUGUGUAUCUUACUUUUUAUUUUAUUUUAUAUGCAGCUACCCAUACACAAUUUUCCAGUAUUGGUUCACAUGAUGACAAUCUCAAUGCGAUUGCUUCACCAAUGAAAAUUCCCCAGUCUCUUCGCAAGCAGGAGAAAAUCAAUGAGGGAUACACGACAGAUGCGAACGUUGCUGAAUGCAGUUUUGCGGAAUCAGCAACCACUGCCAUGGAAUAUCGCAUCAGACUGGUGGAGAAUGUCGUAAUGUUGAAUGAUGGAAAUGUAACAAUGGUAAGUAAAAGUUGGGGGAUGUUCCUUUAUAUCUCUUCAUGCCUGCCAAAAUUAUUGCCUGUUAAAGUUAUAAAGUAGGGGCCUACUAUAUGUUGAAUAAAAAUGUAAAAUUUCAAGUUCACUAUUAUCAGGAAGUUCGCGAAAAAGUAUGUAUAAAAUAUUUAAGCCCUCAAUACUGUACGAUUUUCGUAGCCCAAUUUGAAUUUUUAAUGCUAGUACUUUUGCCAACUUUAAUUAACCUUCUUUAACUGAAAACAGUCUUGAAAAAUCGCACUGCACCACUUGCUUAAAUGUCUUAUAAUACUUUUAAGGAACUUUAUAAUUAUAUUAUUUAUUUUGGCUAAGAGCGAACUUACAGUUUUGUAUUUUAAGUUAAGACAUUGUGGUAUAUUAUAAUACAGUAGGCAAUAUAUUUUAAUUCUCAUGUUUUUGACUACAGCUGUUAACCCAAAUUCAGAGAGCUUGUUCACUAACUUGUUUAAACUUUACGAAAAUGCAAGUUCGAGGUUGUAGCAAAAACUGCCCAUGAGAGCUAGAGUCAAAGUUGGCCGGUCGUCUAUUAUAAUUUCGCUUUGGUUGCAUAUAGCUACAUGCAUGCGAGGUGAUCGUGUCAAGUUUGACUCUAUCAAGCAGGUGACAUUUCAGUACAAGUUACUCCGGCUUUGAGCAUACAACAUAUUUAUUUACCACACCUUGUUGUUUUAUUUAAAUUUGUUUCUUUAGAAAUCGUAUGCAGUUGUUAAAGUUGGCGGGGAAGAGACGCCUUGUCUUGUUAAUGUUUACAACGGUGAAAAUGAAGGGUCUUGGAGAGAUACAGAAAAUAUUCUUUCGUGGCUGUCUUUAGAUGGUGGACAUGAGAACAUUUUGCCUUUCUUAUGGAGUGCCAAAGGUGAAAUUCUUAUUUCAGUUAAAACACAAAGCUGGUAACGUGGAUAACUGAAUAAUGUUGUUGCGGUAUAAAAAAAAUCACUGCCAUACCUUAUCAUUUUCAGUUUCAAUUGAGGUGACAACCAGGCAACCUCGUGGUAGCUAGACAACCAGGGUGGGCAUAUCUACUCUGCUUAAGUUUUGUCCCCCGGGCCCACUCCCAUAGUCAAGGCCCCUUUUCCCUAAAAUGUAUGCAAAACAUUGGAAGGAAGGUUUACAUAAACAUACCAUACAAAUACUUAACUGAAGACUCAGUCUAUUUACAGUACAAUGUAUAAAGCUGUGUAUCCAAAAGUCUGUUUCAGAAAAUGCAAGAAAUGCAGUCCUAGGGGUGGAAAAAUACGAAACUUUUCUGGGGGAGAAUGCCCACAGACCACCUCUUCCAUACGACACCACAUCAAACUUGUUGUCACCACAACCAUCUGUCAUUCUUCUACCUCCAUUGAGGAAUUCUUACAAAAGGCCCUGUAACAUAACAUAUUCUUCCGGGACGAAUAUGAAUGAAAUGGUAUGAAAAAUGUUGACAGAAUAUAGGUUAUGCUCACAAUUCCCUGCGACUACUUUUCUAUAUAUAUGACUUUAUUUCAGAGUCGAAAAUUGCUAACGUGACCUUAAUUGCUCCAUAUUAGGGGACAAAGUACUGGUCGAGAAACAAGACUCUUCCAACACCAUGUUGGAACUGAAAGCAAACGAUUGGUAUGUAACUUACUAAAUUUUAAUAGAAUACAAAACACCGGUAACUCCGAAAAUGAGCAUUUUAAUUUUUCUAACUUUUGAAUACGUUUUAGUCAUCAGGAAUGAUGAUAGGUUACCGAUUACAAGGAUGUUUAUAGGUGAAGGUAAAAGUAAUUUGAUAUACAUACAUAUACAAAGAGAUCAUAUUGAUAAUAAUUAGUCAAAUAUUAUGAGAUCUUUUGACGCCUUAGUUCCUAUCAAAUUACUUUAAUGUUUGCCUAUAAACAUCCUAGUGAUGUAACCGAUCAUCAUUCCAGGGGAUGAAUUAUCAAAAACUAGAAAAUAAUAAAAAAUGUUCAUAUUCUGUUGUUGUGCAUUUGAUUGGUAUGAAUGUAUAUAUGUUCUAUAAGUCUACUUUUCUGGCUUUCCAACAUUUAGUUCAAAAUGUGAAAAAUAUUUGGAUCCAUGCAAAGUCGUGCAGACCUGAAAUUUUACAAGAAUUUUACUUAUUUCCCAAUUAUCCUAACAAAAAAUAUGACUAGCAGUACGUAUUCGUGCGAGAAAAUUGUUAAUGAUAUUUUUUAUAGCUGCGUGUAUAAAGGUUUAACCGGUAUUUCCAUUGGAUCAUUUGGUCUUUAUCCAUAUUUUAGUAUUCCAGGUCAUGGAUUUUUAAAAAAUGGUCAUAGAAAGUCAUGGAAUUUUAAAUUGAAUAAGCUGUACGAAGCCUGAAAAUAAAUCGUCUUUGUUAACACAUUUGUAUUCUACUUUGAUUUCCAGUUUGAUCUGUUAUGAACUUCCCUCGAAACAAACAUUGGAUGGAUUCCUUAAGAUGAACAACCAUGAGAUUACUGAAGAGAUUGUUUACUACAUUUUAAACGAUCUUAUUGAAGCAAUUGAUUAUCUUUCCUCAAAACAGAUUGCUCAUCACGCUAUUCUUCCCGAAAAUAUCAUUCUUGUUGAAUCUUCUCAAGUAAGGAGAAUGGUAUAUUUCAUAUUUUUAGCUUCGAAUAAUUCUAUAACUUGUCGUUUUUAACUGAAAUGGAUCAAGAAUCUUUAUAAAGCAAUUUUUCAAUAGGCUUUUGAAAACCUUUUUGUCCACAUCGGAUGAUUGUAUUGUAAGUUUCUGUCAGGGAAUACGAGAAAAUUGUGCUAAAUAGAAAACUUCACCCAGGAUUACAAGUGUGGGGUCUUAGUCUGAUUUCCGUAACGUGGGGGUUUUGUCGUCCGAGAUUUCAGAUUUGUGAGAAGAAUAUGUAGUCCUAACACAAGGGUUACAAUUGCACUAUUGUAGUGUGUGUAAAUACAAUCUUGGCAAAAAUUAUUACAGAAAUUUGCGUCAAACCUACCCCCCUCCCCACUUCUUAACGUUGAAAGCUUGUGUAUUGGUUACGGUAAAGCUUUGUGAAAUACAGCUUGGGAGCAUCACUUUCGUUUUUCUUUAGCUUGCUUUGGAAGGGAUCGUACUUGGAGGACUUCAUGCAGCUAAAUUGUUAACCUCUUCACCUGAGGAAAAGGAAUCGAAUAAUGGACUCAGUGAAGAAAAUCUGGAAGAACUUGAAGUUAAUGUGAUAUCAUUUGGAAAUGUGAUAAAAAUAUUACUUGACGUUUGCCCAACAUUGGAAAAAUUCUCUGACGUAAGUUUAUAAUGUUGACUUCAUAAUUUUUUAAACUUAGGAAGACAGGACUCACAGGAGUAAUCUUCAGUCAAAACGACUUUUAGUAACAAUUUUUAGUCACUUUUUCAAUCGAAUCUUCGAACUUAUUAAUAAUUGAUGAGCAAAACACAAAGAGGACACCAGCACAGCAUCGCUACCUUGAACACCAUGCUUCAAUGGUCUCGACUAUCGCCUUGAGUUUCUCCUCAAAUACAAGUCCGUUUGAGGCUAACAACUGAUGUCAAUUUAAACUCGAAAGCUAGCCUUUUAUAGCCGGCAUAUAGAAACCUCAAAUUAUGUGGGAAAAAACUCGUUUUUCCCUACUCACUUUUCGGUUAUUUAUAAGUAUAAUAUUUCUCCUUUUUAUUUUACAACAUGGCGGUUUACUGCAAAAAACGUCUAGCCUGUAACAAUGUCGUUGAAAACAGGCCUGAGCAAUAUUUUGCUGCCCAUAUUGUUCCUGCUUGUUAACAAUAUUGUUCAGCAUUGUUCAGGUGUAUCAACUGUCAUCUCAUAGAAGUCGAGAGCGAGGUUUUUAAAAAUGCGCCAGGAAAAUUAUUGUUUUGCUACUUGCUAUAUCUAUCGAGGAAUAGAUAGCGAGUAUAGCGUAGCCAAUCAAAUUACAGCAUUUGCAAUAGUAUACUAAUAUGAUUCUACUAAUAAAAUUUAGUAUUAUAUACUUAUAGUUUGCGUACUGUCAACUUAAGUUAACGUCCAUUUUAAUAUAUAUACUUAACGUCCAUUUUAAUAUAUACAUGUAUUAAAAUGUCUCUAUAUUUUUUUCAAAUAUAGCUACAUGACCUUAUGGUUUCGUGUUUGAGUCAUGAUAGCAAACCAACCACAUCGUAUUUGGUGAAACAAUUGGUUUUGAUGGAUAAGAAUUAUCGUCCCAGUGAUACAAUACUUUAGUUGACAAUUUGUAAAUAUGUCAAAGAAACGCGGUCAGAAAUAGACAUAAUUAAUUUUGGAAAAACGUUCUCUAACCAGAAUAAUCUAUUUAUUACGAGCUUUCGGCCAUCUUUCAGAAAAAUUGUUAGAGACGAAGAGCGCAUUGUUCCAAAAAUCUUCGUGCAUGCACCUUCCCGAAAAUGUUCAAAAUCCUACCAAAAAUUUAUGAAAUCCCUACAAUAUCAAAUCCCCAAACCUCCUAUUAGAUUAAAAAGGUCAAAUUUUCGUGCAAAGUCCUAAAAUCGUGCCAAACAAAUUUCUGGAAAAUUUCCAAGCUGGAAGUCUCACUCCCUAGAAGGGAACUGCCAGUGACUAUUUUGUCAACGUGGCAAUGUGGAUAAAUGAACAUAAAAUUGAUUUUGAAAAUGCAAAGAUAAUUGAUAAGGGGUUCGAGUGAGGAAAACAUUGGAAUCUUGGCAUACAUAAUCAUUUCCAAAACAAUUACGUGUUUUUCUUACUCGCAAAUAAUGCAGGCGCUAUAACAGCCGUUUCCAAUAUUACUGGACCAGGCCGAAAAUAGCUGACAUGUCACUUUUUACACUUUUAUUAGUUUUAUAUCACACAGUCAUGAGUUUUUUGGUUCGUUUUCUUCGUAUAUGCUUUGUUUGCUAUGUAUAAAAAGUUUAAUUAGAAGGUUUUUCAAGAUAUUCUAGGGAUAAUUGCUAUUAUAAUAUAGUCAUUCACCGUAUAUAAGCUGUUCUGCAAUCUGAUUGGUUGAAUUACUCUCCGAAAAUCAGCUCAUAUGCGGCGAGUAGCGAAAAACAAGAUGGCGGUGCAAAAAGUACAUGAGUUUUGCGAAGCAGAAAAAAGUAAAAUAUUCGCUUUGAGAAAGAUAAUAGUACAAGGAAAAACUCUCAAAAAAUAUUGACAGGUUAGCAAAUACAUUCAUUACAUAGAAAUUAGUUUAAAUAUACAAGUUUUUUAGAGAAUUAAUGCCGAAACAACAGCGAAAAAAACAUGUUCAUUGGACAUUGAGAAUAUAAAUUGUUCAGAAAGAGCUAUCAGCUCAUAUACGACUCCAUGGUAUAAUUGUUAAAUAUUAUAAGUAAAACAAAAUCAUAGUAUUACGGCUAUAGUCUCAGCACAAGCAGAUUUGAUACACAGAGUUAAAUUAUUCUUUUCCUGAUUACAGUGAGCUCUUUAAACCCCAGGGUUGAAUUCAGCCCUGUUGAACUAUGCUAGAUUAUUUUCGGGCAGGUCGCGUAAUUAGUUGAAAACGAGUGAUAAAGGACACUUUUCCGCAACUAUUUUAGUCUUUACCAACCAGUUCCUUUAAAAUCAUUGUUACAUGUUGUAGGCCACACGAAGAUGGCCGAAAGCUCGUGACAAACAAAUAUUCUGGUCAAAGAACGUGUUUCCCAAAUUAAUUAUGAUAAACUUGGAGCUAUAUCCGCAAGAAUAUUAAAUUCACCAUAUUCUUGACUAGCAGAAAUAACAUUUAACUAUAGAUAUUUAUUUAUUACAUAUAAUUUCGCUUUUGAAUAGCAUUACACAUAAAUAAAAUAUACAAAGACUUAAUUUAUAGUAUUUACUGUAUAAAUAUUAACUUAUUUCUUGGAAUGAUAAAAAUGCAUAGUAUUGGC